GGCCUACUCUGGCUCUGUCUAUGAGAAGCACAGUCUCAGUGGAUCAAAUUCUGCAAGGAUUGGCUGUCGAUACUAUUCAACCAACCGUGUCCUUAUAUACAAGCUUAAUUAUGGUUGCACUGAGUUCACUUGCGGCAAUAGAAAGUGUGUACUCAACAGUUCUGUAUGCGACGGAAGCAAUGACUGUGGAGACAACAGUGACGAAGUGAAUUGCC